UUGUGUCUCCCCGGCUGUGGUGCAGCCCCUCCCCUCCAGGCGUUGAGGCAGAAAGUCCCUUUCCCGCGAUGGCAGCAGCCUCCCUGUAUCCAGACGUGUAGCAUAACGUACCCCAAGUGCAUCAUAUCUGCCCCAGAACGGCUGCACUCCUACUGCGUAAACUUUACUCCCCUGUGGCAGUUUUAGAUUGAAGAGAAAAUGUCACUUUACGAUGACUUGGGAGUUGAGACCAGCGAUUCUAAAACAGAAGGCUGGUCCAAAAAUUUCAAACUACUACAGUCUCAAUUGCAGGUGAAGAAAGCAGCUCUCACACAAGCAAAGAGUCAGAGAACAAAACAAACAACAGUCCUUGCUCCAGUGAUUGACCUGAAACGAGGUAGCUCUUCUGAUGAGAGACAGAUUGUGGACACACCGCCUCAUGUAGCAGCUGGAUUAAAGGAUCCUGUACCUAGUGGUUUUUCUGCGGGAGAUGUGUUGAUUCCUUUGGCGGAUGAGUAUGAUCCCAUGUUCCCAAAUGACUAUGAAAAAGUGGUAAAACGUCAAAGAGAGGAGCGACAGAGGCAGCGUGAGCUGGAGAGGCAAAAGGAGAUUGAAGAAAGAGAAAAAAGACGUAAAGACAGACAUGAAGCCAGUGGGUUUUCAAGAAGACCAGAUCCAGAUUCUGACGAAGAUGAAGAUUAUGAAAGGGAGAGACGAAAAAGAAGUAUGGGAGGAGCUGCCAUUGCACCGCCCACUUCUCUUGUUGAGAAGGACAAAGAACCUGUAGCAUCAUUUCCAUUUGAAGAGGAGUCGAGACCUCGGGCACCAUCUUCCAAAGCAGCUAUUCCUCCUCCAGUGUAUGAUGAGCCAGAAAGACCUCGUUCCCCCACAGGACCUAGCAACUCUUUCCUUGCUAACAUGGGAGGGACAGUAGCUCAUAAAAUCAUGCAGAAGUAUGGUUUCAGAGAGGGCCAGGGGCUGGGAAAGCAUGAACAGGGGCUGAGCACAGCACUGUCAGUAGAGAAAACAAGCAAGAGGGGUGGCAAGAUCAUUGUUGGCGAUUCUGCAGAGAAAGAAACGGGCAAGAAAGCGGAUUCUAACCCCUUGACUGAGAUACUGAAAUGCCCGACUAAAGUGGUCUUGCUAAGGAACAUGGUAGGUGCUGGGGAGGUGGAUGAAGAUCUAGAAGUUGAAACUAAGGAAGAAUGUGAAAAAUAUGGCAAGGUUGGGAAAUGUGUCAUCUUUGAGAUUCCUGGUGCCCCUGAUGAUGAAGCCGUAAGAAUAUUUUUGGAGUUUGAACGGGUUGAAUCUGCCAUCAAAGCUGUUGUGGAUCUAAAUGGAAGAUACUUUGGAGGCAGAGUCGUGAAGGCUUGUUUCUACAACCUGGACAAGUUCAGAGUACUGGAUCUGGCAGAGCAAGUUUGAUUUUAAAAAUCUAGCUCGAGGUGUCACUGUUUUGGCAAUCAUGUUUUCAGUGGUAGGCUGGGAAUGAAGAAGAGAAAAGUAGCUUUCCUAGCAAACUGGAAACAAGCCUCAUUGAAUGGAUUUUUCGCAUUCGUUGUGACUUACUUUUUUUGUAAUAUAAAGCCCUUUGAAAGUAAGAUUCACGUCUGUGUUUUUGAAUUGCACAAUUCUGCUUAUUGCUCUGGGGAUCCUGGUUUUUUGAGCUUUCAGAUGACUUCGUUCUUUUGAAAACCCACUGCUGAGGAGAUGCUUUGUCUCUAUUCCUGCUUUCCUUGUUCUGGUGCUUCAUCAUGGAGUCCCUGUGCUGCACCCACAGUAAGUGGGAAGCUUUGGAAAAGGACUACGUGCCAUCAUGCUUCUCCUCCCUGAUGGUAUCUCUCAGAGUUACAGCCUUGCUCUCAUAAGUCCGCCGUCUGCACGCCAGAGUGAUUUGGGGUCGUUGGACAGUUGGCAGCUAGUUUGUUCUCUCCUGACUUCAGAACAAUACUUUCUAUGCCAGAAUGGAGACUAAAGUAACAAGGAAUGAGUCUGUCUUUCUUCCCAAAUCCAAAGAAAAUACAUGUUUAACCCAGGGAAAUGGAAGGAGGAAGGAAUUUAAAGUGCUUAGCCA